CGGUGUCCUUGUGACUGAAAAUAAUCUGAUCAGCUGAUCUGACCUGGCAACAAAAUAACGCAGCCAGAGCAGCGGUCUGCCAGGGAGGGGGCUGAAGAACAAAACAAUGACACCGCUCGGACGCAUUCAAAGACAGUAACACUUGUUUUUUUAUAAGAGUAUUUUUAAAAAGACUUUUAAACGAAAUAAGGUGAAUGAACGACUUAAAAGAAUCCACUGAUGUGUCGAGCUUUGUGACGUCGAUGGUCGUUGUUUUUGUUGAUGUGUUUCUUGCAGCUCAGAGGGGAGGCUAGCUGCUUAUUUUGGACGGAUAUGCACUGAAACGGUCCUUUCUCUCCCUGGUCACAGCUUUUUAUUUUGGGUAAACUUGAAAGUGUCCGUCAGCAGCAGCUUGUUAGCAAGUAUUCCUCCUCGGUAAGGAAUAUUUUUUUGCCGAGUUUUUACCGAUCAGCUGUUGACGCUCCGUUAGCCUGUUGUUAGCGGUGACAUUUGCACAGUCGUCUUUUCAGGGAGUGUUUAUUUUGUUGUUGUCUCGUUUGACUGAGAUUAUCACCACAGGUUUCUGUUCGUGUCGUUAAUGUAGGACUAAGGUCAGAUGUGCUACAGUUUAUGUUGCGGCUAAUUGCUAACUUUGAUGCGCGAACAAGUGAGCCGCUCGUCAACAAUAAGUAUCUGUAAAUUGAGGCAACGACGUUAUCCAUAUCACUGCCUUAAAUUCACUUGCACUAAAUGGUACUUUAAAAUAUAUCAUUCUCGAGAUGCAAAAUUAAUUUAAUAAUAUAUUCUGCUUAUUUCUUCCUCUGAACAGGCAGCUGUUAUUUUUUUUUAUUAAGGGUGUUUUGCCAUUUCACCUGCCAGUGUUACAUAAUGUUGUGCAAUUUCACUGCUCUCUAGUUGAAAAUAGCUGGUGUUCUUGUUAAAGCUGUUCCAAAUAGUACAGCUGUGUGCUCAAGUGAAACCCGGUAGGAAACGAUGAGUGGCCAUGGCUCAUCUACAGAAAAAGGAGUUAAUACAAGUCUGAUAUGUCAGGAAAGUUAUGUCUUGGGCGGCUCUGAGGAGGCUGCGUUUGAGUGUGAUGAAUGCAAAAGCCUGCAGUGUGUUCGCUGUGACCUCGAGCUCCACAGCCAGGAGAAUUUGGAGAACCAUGAACGAGUUCAGAUCGGCCCCGGGCACGUCCCCUACUGUGACAACUGUAAAGGAGGCAAUAAAGACAAUGGCAAACGCCACAGGUCCGUGGUCCGAUGCCAGACGUGCAAACUCAACCUGUGCCAAGACUGCCAGAAACGCACCCACAGCGGUGGCGGCAAGAAGAAACACCUGCUGACGUCGUCCCCGCCACCACCGAAAGCCACCAAAGCAACAGAAGUCAGCUGUGUCCAAGCAUCUGUUCAGCCCCCCGUUCAAAUAGUGGAUGACAUCACAUCCCGCAGAGCCAAACUUCUGGAGAAGGUUUUCAGUUUUCUCUUGGUGGAUGAGAAGGAGGACAUGCAGAUCAAAGAUGAAGACUUGUUUGUGAAGCGACUGAGCUGCUGCUCUGACCAGCUGCUGAAGGUGGUGUCCAUCUUCGGAAACACCGGCGAAGGCAAAUCUCACACCCUGAAUCACACAUUCUUCAUGGGGAGAGAGGUGUUCAAGACUUCUCCCACACAAGAAUCCUGUACGGUGGGCGUGUGGGCGGCGUUCGACCCUGUCCACAACGUGGUGGUCAUCGACACGGAGGGUCUGCUGGGAAACAGCUCCAAACACGGCCAAAGGAUCCGUCUCUUACUGAAGGUUCUGGCCAUUUCUGACCUCAUCAUUUAUCGCACCCACGCUGAUCGUCUCCACGACGACCUCUUCAAAUUCCUGGGGGACGCAUCUGAUGCCUACUUGAAGUAUUUCACCAAGGAGUUGAAGGCCACCACAGCUCGCUGUGGCCUGGACGUUCCGUUGUCCACCCUGGGUCCUACCGUGGUUAUUUUCCAUGAAACAGUUCACACCAAGUUACUUGGCUCAGAUAAUUCUUCAGAGUCGGUGGACAGGCUGCUGCUGGAGCGCUUCCGAAAGCUGUCCCGUUUUCCCGAGGCCUUCAGUUCUGUGCACUACGUGGGCACCCAGACCCUCAACCCACCGACUGACUUCCGUGGCCUGCAGAAUAAACUUGAGCAGCUGCUGAACAACAACAGCACCCGAUCCCCACGUUCCCCUGUGGUCAUCUUUAAAGCAAUGGAGGCUCUAAGUGAGCGCUUCAGCGGUGAAAUUUCAGGCGACCAGGUCUCUCACAGCUGCUUCUUCCCUGAUGAAUACUUUACCUGCUCCAGCCUGUGCCUCAGUUGUGGGUCUGGCUGCAAGAACAGCAUGAACCAUACAGCAGAGGGCGUGUGCCAUAAGGCCAAGCAUCGCUGUCGUUACAACGCUCAGUAUGAUAAUCACAUUUACACCUGUAAGGCUUGCUACGAAGGAGGAAAGGAAGUGAUAGUUGUCCCAAAGACCUCAGCCUCUUCAGACUCUCCAUGGAUGGGCCUGGCCAAAUACGCCUGGUCUGGGUAUGUAAUCGAAUGUCCCAAUUGUGGAGUGAUAUAUCGGAGUCGUCAGUUUUGGUACGGGAACCAGGACCCUGUGGAUACAGUUGUCCGCACUGAGAUCCAGCAUGUGUGGCCAGGGUCUGAUGGCUUUUUAAAGGACAACAGCAACGCCGCACAACGUCUUCUGGAUGGGGUCAACCUGGUGGCCCAGUCCGUGUCAGAGCUCAGUGUCAAACCUGCCAAGGCCGUCACAUCUUGGCUGACAGAUCAGAUCGCCCCGGCCUACUGGAAACCCAACUCCCUCAUCUUGGUGUGCCAUAAGUGUCACACAGUCUUCCAGGACAACGACACCAAGCAUCACUGCCGUGCCUGCGGGGAGGGCUUCUGCGACGGCUGCUCUUCCAAAGCUGCACCUGUCCCUGAGAAAGGCUGGGGUCUGACCCCUGUGAGGGUCUGUGACGUCUGCUUCGAGCAGAGAUCCUCCUUUGAAGAGCUGGCUGAUGCAGGUGUGGACGAGGAGGAAGGAGGAACUCUGGCCAGGAAGGUUGGAGAGGCCGUCACCAACACCAUCGGUGUUGUUGUCACUGCUAUUGACAUCCCACUUGGUCUGGUAAAAGACGCAGCUCGUCCUGCCUACUGGGUGCCGGACCAGGACAUUGUGUCCUGCAACAACUGCCAGCGUGAGUUCACUGCCAAACUGUCCAAGCAUCACUGCCGUGCCUGCGGUCAGGGGGUGUGUGACGACUGCUCCGCAGAACGCCGGUCGGUUCCAUCGCGGGGCUGGGACCACCCCGUGCGUGUCUGCACCGGCUGCAACCAGAAAGCUGGAGAACUUUAACAGGAAUGGCCUUCCUUCCACAGAAAACUGAAGAGAACCACACACACACACACACACACACACUCACCGACACCAACACACCCUCCGGCUCUCAGUCUUGACACCCCUUUACCUCCGUCACACCAAUGGUUCUGUCUCGUAUCUGUGGCGAGGAAGACUCUAGGCACAUAUUUUGAACAUUUAGGAGAUUUGGGAUUUUAGAAUUCCUGUGGCCUUUGUAGAACAGCCGGAACAUGAGAGCAUUAAGAACUGUUUCCACUCUGCAGUCCAUAUUUUGAUUAGAACUGUCCCAAAUCUCUAAUUUUACCUUUCCCUAUGGCUGUUGAGCUAUUUUUCUACUAUUAGAAAAUAUUUAAAAAAAAAACAAUGUAUUCUUCAAAUAAUACUAGAUAGUCAGAAAACCCUGUGGGGUUGGUGUGUUUAGUUCCCAGCAAUUCUAAAUAUUGAGCAAUGUUUCUCCGAUGUAGCGCGUGUAAUGGUAGGAUGGUAUACGAUAUCUGUGCAGGUGUAAAUCUGCAGGCUCCAUCGCAUGCUGUAUCGCAACAAUGUUUGUUUUUGCACUACGCCUUCUUUCAGCUGUUCUAGGCUGCCACUUACACGGCCAAACUCCAGAUACUCGGACCAUCAGGCCUUCUGGUCCCAGACUCGUGUCCGCGGUCCAGUUGACCUGCGUGUAUCUGUUGCGCCGAGUCAUUCAGGUUAACAUGUCUGUGGUGUUUGUGGUUGUAUGAAAACAUAGAAUCAUGCUAGAGGAGUGUAAAUGAAAGGAAAAAAAAAGUUAAAAAACAUUAAUGUAUUGAAGAAAAAAAAAUCUAUACGAAUAUAUACAUAUAUAUCUAUAUAAAUAUUAUAACUCAUGUCAUGCAUGAGAGUCGGGGAGAGAUCCAUGGCCUUUCAGGAGCAGAGGCUCAGAAUAAACCUCACUUUGUUGAUGUUAUCGUACUUUUAAGUUUUAAGUGUUCCAUGUUUUUGUUUUCUUGAGACCUUGAUUUUAAUGUUUCUUUUUUCUUUUUUGCCUAUGUGUUUAGAUGUAGUUUUGCGGUUGAGAACAAUUUCAAAAUGCGUCUUUAAACGUAUCAGUUUUAUGUGUUUUUGUUUACGCCUCCAGGAUGAAGAUGGAAUUCAGUUUUCAGUUUUUUGUCCAGCGCAUCAAAGAUCUCCGUUAUGUUACAUUUGCUAUUAGAUUACAUUGUAUAUUUUUUAGUAGUUUUUUUUUAAUUACUGUAUAUUUAUAUUAUACAUUGUAGCGAUCAUGUGUGAUGCCACCGUCGUUUGGAUGCAUUUUUGUCAGUGUUACACAUAAAAAAAAGCGUUGAAACGGGGCAACGACAAAAAAAGAAACAACCCAAAACGGAACCGUUUUUAGUGACUGAGAGCUUUAACUUCUUUAACUUUGCAUCAUUGCUGUUUAGUUGCUUUGUUAGGUAACGACACAUGUGGCGAUACAUUUAGUCACACAAGCACAAGCAGAAAAAAAGAAAAAAAGAAAAGACCUUGGUGGUUACUUGUAAGCUCUUGUAGAUAAAUUGUAUUCUUAUGUUGCUCCUUCCAUGAAAUGUUUUCGGUUCAGAUGUUGUUGUCAGCCUUGUCUCUGAAUAGAUAAAUCUGUCCCGACUGUUGCAUCAGAUAUAAUAGAUACAAACAUUGCACACAGUUGUCCUGUAGGAGGCUUCACUCCCAUGCUAACUAAGUUUGUUCAAUCAAACCUGUAUUGUCUCUGUCUUCUUUUGGACUCAGGUGUCAGUAUGAGCACUCUUCAUCCAGACACUACAGGUGGAGGCAGGAGCGUGUUGUUGUUGUUGUCUUUAUUAUUAUUAUUUUUUUGCUGUUGUUGCUUUUUUUAAACUUGAAAACAAAAACAAACUGACUGGUGGGUAUGUGGCUGAGAUUGGUGGAGGAUUUGCAUCUGAUUAAAGUUGUAUCUGCUGUUUCCUGUCACGGAAACACAGACUGGAGUCACAGCGCUGUCUGAAGUGUGUGUGAGUUUGUUGCUUCCAUGCUCUUUGUGUCCAUCCACCUGCUGUAACUGUGUGUAGGAGGAUGUGUGUGUGUUCUCAGCCUCUCUUCCACUCCUAUGCUAACAUUUUAGCCCCAUCAAAUAGGAGCCUGGGGGGGAGGGGGAGUAAUCUGCUUGGAGCUUAUGGACAGUGAUAAAUGAUUUAUAAUUUUUUUUUUAAUUAAAUAAUGAAACCGG